UCGAUCUCCGUCUUCUUUUCUAUUUCUGAAAAUAAAUAAAAGAAGACCCACUUUCUUUCCCAAACCAUCAACAGCAGCCAUGGGCGAUUAGGAGUUCAACGAGGAUUUAACGCCGAGAAGAGCUACUGUUUCUUUUAUCUUCGUUUUUAUCUUCUUUUAUCAUCGUCUUCUUCUUUUAUUUCCGUCAAGAAAAGGAAAAAAAUAAUAAUCUGAACAUGGGUUUUGUUUAAACUCGAGUUUCCUACGAGUUAUGAGAAGAUUCAUACGGGUUUGGUGAUGUUGAUUAUGCAAUAGCUUGGUUGAGUUCUCGAUUGAAAAAUCAGGGAGGAGAAAUGGAUUUCGGGGCUGUGAAGAUGUCGAAGAAAUUAGGGAUUAGAAAAUGGAUUUUACUGCAAUUGAAAAUUGAUAUCUCCGGUGCCGUUGUAACAUGGGUUAGAUUUGAAUCUGAAAUCGGUAAAAUAAUUGUUUCAACUGGUCAUGAUUGAUGGAAUUCUAGGGUUUGGAUUGAAAGUCGAAGACAAUAAUUGAAUGAUGGGUUUGAUUUGAUUGUGAAACAAGAAGAUUGUUAAGACUUAGAUGAGUUGAGUAGAUUGAGUUCGAAUGGGUAGAGUUUGUGGGUAUGCAGGGGUCAAUAAAGUCGUUGUUGGAGAGUAGAGAUGGGCGCUAUUGUUUUGCAGUUGAGAUGGAGUAGAAGGAGAUGGCAACUGAGCAAUGGCUAUGACAGUGCUAUUGUUUUGCAGUUGAGAUGCAGUAGAAGGAGAUGGCAACUGAGCAAUGGCUAUGACAGUGCUAUUGUUUUGCAGUUGAGAUGGAGUAGAAGGAGAUGGCAACUGAACAAUGGCUAUGACAGUGCUAUUGUUUUGCAGUUGUUGGGAGUACUAAUUCUAUUGAAGCAAUAGGUGAUAGUGAUGGAAUCGAAGGUUGAAGCCGUAUGUCAAGAUAUUAAAUCUUCAUUCUGAAGUCAACAGAGACAAGAAGAAUUGUGUUGCUGGUGAUGGUGAACUGUAAAAGAAGAAGUAAAAGAUUGGUUUGAUUCAGAUCUUUGGGUGUGUGCUCUUAGGUAUGAAAUCACAGGGAAUUGAGCUGGCUGCCAUGGAAUUGGUGGAGCUGUACUACCGGAGGUGUUGUAGUUGAAACGAUGUCGAUUGAGUGGUGGUUGUUUGGUCGGUUCUUGAGAAUCGACGGCAUAUGAGAGGGCAUUUUGGGAACUGAAGAUCAACGUGUAUAAUUUUAGUCCAGCUAUACAAAACUGCUGACUCACAUAACCAGCCUUGGACGGAAAAUGUAACAAAGGGAGGUUCCAUUGAUUUUAUCUUUGUGGGGAGGUAACGCAAAUUAUAAUUUACCCCCUUUAUAUAUUAAUUUGGAAAAAAGAGUUCUUAUACGUGGGUAGUCGUCUUGUUUUUAACAUUUUUCUUAUUUUCUAAACCAGUUACCAAGUAAUCCCCAUCAAAACGCUCGUUUCAAAAAAAACUCAAAUGUGAGAGCUUUAUUUGUCUAGGCGUUGUUAGAUAUUCUUAAAACCCCGUCUAUUCAAGAGAUUCUCUUCUAUUCAAAGGUGAGAACCUGACUACGUACAUAAACAACCAUCAAUGUCUAGUAACAAUAAAUGUAUUCCUUUAUUUGCUGUGACAGAGACAUAAGUUUAUAAAAUAGGAAGGUAACAAAAUCCUGAAAAGAUUCGAUUAUGUGUCAGUAUCUGCAUAUAAAUAACAAGAUAAUUAUUUCUAUUAGCUUAUAAAAUGUUGAGCUGAUUAUUUAUUGGCAGGCGGAUCAUAUGAUGAUUUUUUUGGUAUUAGAAAAUCAUUGAAUUGCUGAAAAUUGAAUGUGUAACACUUCGUUAUAUAACCUUUAUUUCAAUGGGGGUGGUGGAAGACAUUGAGUCUUGCAAGACAUAAAACAAUAGACAGGAAUGGACAAGUACAACAAAACUUCUGCGGAUGAGACUCCUUUUGCGAAAGCUGGAUUGCUCAGUAAAAUGUCGUUUUGGUGGUUGAAUCCAUUGAUAAACAAGGGUAAGAAAAAUGCGCUUGAAGAUGACGAUAUACCCAUGUUAAGGAAAGUAGACAGAGCAGAAGCAUGUUUCUUGAUGUUCACGGAACAAAUGGAGAAACAGAAAGAAAACAACCCAUCAAUCUUACGGGCAAUAUUUCUAUGUAGUUGGAAAAGGAUUCUGAUAUCUGGGCUGUUUGCAUUUCUCAAGGUAAUCGCUCUUUCUUCGAGUCCGUUGUUUCUUAAUGCCUUCAUUGAUGUUGCACAAGGGAAAGAAAAUUUUAAAUAUGAGGGUUAUGUACUAGUUGGAUUACUGCUCUUAUCUAAAUUCAUUGAGUCCUUUUCUCAGAGGCAAUGGUAUUUCCAAUGUAGAUUAUUAGGAGUUCAAGUCAAAUCUCUUCUCACAGCAGCAAUUUAUAAGAAGCAAAUGAGACUUUCUUUUGCUGCAAAAUCGAAUCAUUCUGUUGGAGAAAUAAUCAACUAUGUAACUGUGGAUGCUGACAGAGUUGGCGAAUUCUUUUUCUGGAUGCAUCAAACAUGGACAACAGGCCUCCAAAUUUGCCUAGGAUUGAUUAUUCUAUUCUGUGCUGUGGGGCUUGCGGCAUUUGCAGCGCUCUUUGUGAUCGUGGUCUCCGUGUUAUGCAAUACACCCUUAGCAAAUAUCCAACAUAAAUUCAAAAGUAAGCUCGCUGUGGCACAAGGUAAAAGACUUAAGGCAAUGUCUGAGGCUCUGAUGAAUAUGAAGGUGUUGAAGCUUUACGCUUGGGAGAAGCAUUCCAAGUCCGUUAUAGAAAGACUAAGGAAAGUCGAAUGCAAGCUAUUAAAAGCGGUGCAGCUAAACAAAGGAUAUGCUGGAUGUAUGUUUUGGAUAUCACCUGUGUUCGUUUCUUCUACAACCUUUAUGGCUUGUUACUUUCUCAAGGUCCCUCUUAAUGCAAGUAAUGUGUUCACAUUUGUUGCAACGUUACGUGUUGUUCAAGAACCUAUUAGAAUGAUCCCAGAAGUUAUUGGAAUGGUAAUUAAUGCAAAAGUUGCGUUUAAACGGAUUGUAGAACUUCUAGCAGCCCAAGAAUUGAAUAGUAUAGAAGUCCUGCAGGUGGGAGGUACAGGGCCAGAUAAACAUGCCAUUUGUAUUAAUUCAUGUAAUUUCUCAUGGGAAGAGAAUCAACAAAUCCCAACCUUGAGAAGCAUAAAAUUAGAGGUUAAAUUCGGGGAGAAAGUGGCUAUUUGUGGAGAGGUUGGUGCAGGUAAGUCAACCCUCUUAGCAGCCAUACUUGGAGAAGUUCCAAAGGUGGAUGGCACGAUUCAAGUGUAUGGAAAGAUUGCAUACGUCUCUCAGUCGGCAUGGAUUCAGUCAGGAAGUAUACGAGAUAAUAUUCUGUUUGGAUGCACCAUGGAUGAGCAAAGAUACCAAGAAACAUUAGAUAUAUGUUCAUUGCUACAAGAUCUCGAGAUGUUACCUUUUGGUGAUCUCACUGAAAUAGGUGAAAAAGGGAUAAAUCUGAGUGGUGGGCAAAAGCAACGUAUUCAACUUGCUCGUUCACUGUAUCAGAAUGCUGAUAUAUAUCUCUUGGACGAUCCGUUUAGCGCAGUGGAUGCUCAUACUGCGACAAGCUUAUUUAAUGAAUAUGUUAUGGGAGCUCUUUCAGAAAAGACAGUCUUACUUGUGACUCACCAAGUGGAUUUCCUUCCGGCAUUUAAUUCUGUUUUGCUGAUGUCAAACGGGAAAAUCCAAUAUGCAGCUCCAUAUCAUAUUUUAUUGGCCACCAGUCCAGAAUUUCUUGCCCUUGUUAAUGCCCACAAAGAUACAGCUGGUCCUGAAAGGCCCGUCAAGAUUGCUUCUAAACAGAGAUGUGUGACCUCUCUGAAAGAUACUGGGAAAAGUUGUGGCGAGGAACAUCUGAAAGAAUCAGUAGGGCAUCAGUUGAUUAUGCAAGAAGAGAAGGAAGGUCGAGAUACAGUUUGGACGCCUUAUGUGCAAUAUUUAAAUCAGAACAAAGGCUUCAUUUACUUUACUAUAGCUAAUUUUUGCAAUAUAUGCUUUUAUGUUCUCCAAGCUGCACAGAAUUAUUGGAUGGCUGCUAACGUCCAGAACCGACAAGUCAGCAAAUUGCGACUGAUUAUAGUGUAUAUGCUGAUAGGAUGUAGCUCAAUACUCUUUAUACUUGCUAGGUCUCUUUCUACAGUUGCUUUAGGUAUAAAGUCUUCAGAGUCUUUUUUCGAUCAGCUGCUAAACUCGUUCUUUCGUGCACCAAUAGCUUUCUAUGAGUCUACACCUUUGGGAAGGAUUCUAAGUCGAGUCUCUUCUGAUCUGAGUAUCCUAGACCUUGAUCUCCCAUUCUGCUUUGUUAACGCUUUCACUAUUACCGUUAGUGCUUACUUGAAUCUUGGAGUAGUGUCUAUUAUUACUUGGCAAGUGUUGUUUGUCUCGGUACCACUGGUAUGUGUGGUGAUUCAUAUACAGAGAUACUAUUCGGCUACUGCGAAAGAAAUUAUGCGGAUUAAUGGAACAACCAAAUCUUUGGUAGCAAGCCAUCUUGGGGAAUCCAUAGCAGGAGCGAUGACAAUAAGGGCUUUUAAGGAACAGGAUCGAUUUAUUGCUAAGAAUUUUGAUCUCAUCGACAAAAAUGCUAGUGCUGUGUUUCAUAUAUUUUCUGCAAGUGAGUGGUUGAUUCAACGUUUGGAAACACUGUGUACAAUCCUUCUUUGCUCCUCGGCCCUUGUGAUGAUUAUGCUCCCUCCGAAAACUUUUGGUCCUGGAUUUGUUGGUAUGGCAUUGUCAUAUGGUCUUUCCUUGAACAUGUUUUUUGUUACUUCUGUUAAACUGCAAUGCGCAGUAUCAGAUUAUAUAAUUUCUGUCGAAAGGUUAAACCAGUAUAUGCAGAUUCCUAGUGAAGCCCCAGAAGUUAUAGAAGGAAAUCGACCCAUGCCUAGUUGGCCUGCCGUUGGAAGAGUGGAGAUCCAUGAUUUGAAGAUUAGAUACCGACUUAAUACUCCAAUAGUUUUUCAAGGGAUUAGUUGCACAUUUGAAGGGGGGCACAAGAUUGGCGUUGUUGGAAGAACAGGCAGUGGGAAGUCAACUUUAAUAGGUGCUCUAUUCCGACUUGUAGAACCAUUAGAGGGAAAAAUCAUCAUUGAUAGCAUUGACAUCUCAACAAUAGGGCUUCAUGAUUUGCGAUCAUGCUUAGGGAUAAUACCCCAAGAUCCUACACUCUUUAAUGCUACUGUGAGAUACAAUUUGGAUCCGCUUUCACAACACAGUGACCAGGAAAUUUGGGAGGUUCUUCGUAAGUGCCAACUUCAAGAGGCUUUACAUGACAAAGAAGGUGGUUUGGAUAGUUCAGUUCAACAAGAUGGGGUCAACUGGAGCAUGGGACAGCGACAACUAUUUUGUUUGGGCCGAGCUUUGUUAAGAAGAAGCAAAAUAUUGGUUCUUGAUGAAGCUACUGCUUCCAUUGACAAUGCAACUGACUAUAUUCUUCAGAGAACUAUACGGACGGAGUUUGCGAGUUGUACAGUUAUUACAGUAGCCCAUAGGAUACCGACUGUUAUGGACAGCACGAUGGUUCUUGCAAUCAGCGACGGAAAGAUUGUAGAAUACGAUAAACCAUUGAAGUUGAUGAAGGAAGAAGGAUCACUUUUUGCGCAGCUCGUCAAGGAAUAUUGGUCCCAUAUCAACUCUGCGGAGUCGUAGUGAAAAACGGAAAAAAUGAAAGAAAAAAAAAGUACAGAAAUGUAGCUAUUUUUUAGAUUGGUUCCUUUUGAUUAAGAGUGGAAAUAUAAUCUUCAAAGAUCUACCAGAUUGUUACUUCAUUUAGUUCAGUUCUUCAAUUUCAAGUUAGAUACCAACUUUUGCGGAAUUCACCCAGUAGUAAAACACCAAGGUGACCAAGUUUGGGGGUAUGGAAAGAACGAUUUUGUGGGCACCAUGUUCAUGCUUCUACUUUUGGUAAGAUACCAAAGUUACCCUUUUAUAUUAAUUUAAUUUUUAAUUUUAAUUUUGUUUUA